UAUGUCUACUACCAUUACUCCAUCGGGGACUGCAAACCUUAAAGACACAGCCUGACAAAGUGUUAGGUGCCCAUUACUCUAAAGGAAGAAAGCAGCACGUGUGAAUAUUGCAUGAAGCACAAACUGGAAGUCAUUUCUGCAGCUUUUCAGUUGGUAGGACCUGAGAGAAGAGGGUGGAAGGUUAUAUCAGGAUAUAUUUUUUGAAAAGGGGCACUUAUAAUCACAAAGAACUUGUUUAGACAGCAAUGCCUCAAACUGACAACCCCAGCCAAGGUUUUACUGCUCUAGAAAAACGACUGGUUGCAUGUCUGGGUAGACUUUGAAGUGAAGUAAUUUCUGGGCCAUUAGCUAGAUUGCAGACAAAUUGCUGAUGGCAAACGUGAUUGGACUGUGGAGUGAAAAUCUGAACCAUUUCUCUCAUUGAUAUGUUCGUCUAACAGCCGGAAGGGGCUAAGGUAAAAGCAUACAGUGUGCAGUUUCUCGUGGCUAUUGCAAUUGGUUUUAUAGGGACCGACACCGACUGCAUCCUCCAGCAGUAGCAGCAGCAGCAGCAGCAGCAGCACACACCCCUCAGCACCGGUGAUGCAUCCCCGCGGCAAGGACACGGACAACUCCUCGUCAGAGUCGUCUCGACUUUAGAAUGGGGAAGAAAUCUCUCAACGGUGGGGUUUACCCAACUCAAGCCGGAGAGAAGAAGCACAAAGUCGGCUUUGUUGGAUUGGACCCUGGAGCUCCGGAAUCCAGCAGGGAUGGGGCGCUGCUCAUUGCGGGUUCUGAAAGCACCAAGCGGAACAGCAUCCUCUGCAGACCGAGGUCCAGCAUCUCCGGAGGUAGACCCAGACCGUCGAAGAAAAAUGCCAGCUAUCGGAAACUACAGAAUUUCCUCUACAAUGCUUUGGAGAGACCGCGGGGAUGGGCGUUCAUAUACCACGCUUAUGUCUUCCUCUUGGUUUUCUCCUGUCUCAUCCUUUCAGUCUUUGCCACCAUCAAAGAGUUCAAAAACAGCUCAGAGAGUGCCUUGUACAUACUGGAAAUUGUCACCAUCGUGGUGUUUGGAGUGGAGUACAUUGUGAGGAUAUGGGCUGCCGGCUGCUGCUGUCGCUACAGAGGAUGGAGAGGGAGGCUAAAAUUUGCCAGAAAGCCUUUUUGUGUCAUAGACAUCAUGGUGCUGAUUGCUUCAGUAUCUGUCCUGGCUGCUGGAUCUCAGGGCAAUGUGUUCGCCACCUCAGCCAUCAGGAGUCUGCGAUUCCUGCAGAUCCUGCGCAUGCUGCGUAUGGACCAGCCGCGAGGAACCUGGAAGCUGCUCGGCUCUGUCGUCUAUGCCACAAGUAAAGAGCUCAUCACAGCGUGGUACAUUGGUUUCCUCUGUCUCAUCCUGGCUUCAUUUCUGGUCUAUUCUGUGGAGAAGGAGUCGAACGAUGAGUUUGAGACCUAUGCUGAUGCUCUAUGGUGGGGAUUGAUCACUCUCACCACCAUUGGUUAUGGGGAUAAGGUGCCAAAGACCUGGAAUGGACGCUUGCUGGCAGCCACGUUCAGCAUGAUCGGGGUGGCCUUCUUUGCCCUUCCUGCUGGGAUCCUGGGUUCUGGCUUUGCUCUGAAAGUCCAGGAGCAACAUAGACAGAAACAUUUUGAGAAGAGACGUAACCCUGCUGCAGGGCUCAUCCAGGGUGCUUGGAGGUUUUAUGCCACAAACCUUUCCCGCACUGAUCUGGUGUGUACUUGGGAUUUUUACGAGCAGACUGUAGGCAUCCCCAUGUACAGAUUCAUCCCUCCUCUGAAUCAGAUGGACCUGCUGAGGAAUCUAAAGGGAAGGACGUUCAGCCGGAAGGAGUCUCAAACAGAAACGUCCCCGAGUAAUGAAAAUGCACACAAAGACAGACUUUGCGGGUGCUGUCCGAGAACUAUUAGUCGAAAGGCCAGCCUGAAGGACAAGGUGUUCCCCAGUCCUUCCAAGGCUCCUGUGGUCAAAGGAAAGGUCCAGUCUCCAGGGCCAGAGGACGGGGCCGAGAAGAGUCCCAGCAAGGUCGACAAGAGCUGGAACUUCACUGAGAAGAACAAAACGCCAAAGCACGCCUUCAAAGUCCGAGGCAGCACCUCACGUCAAAACUCUGAAGAGGCGAGCCUCCCAGGAGAGGAAAUUGGUGAUGAUAAGAGCUGCCACUGUGAGUUUGUCACUCAAGAAUUACCACCAGGCUUGAAGGUUACAAUAAGGGCGAUCUGCGUCAUGAGGUUUCUGGUGUCAAAGAGGAGGUUCAAAGAGAGCCUGCGGCCUUACGAUGUCAUGGAUGUGAUCGAGCAAUACUCUGCAGGUCACCUGGACAUGCUGUCCCGCAUCAAGAACCUGCAGUCCAGAGUUGACCAGAUAGUUGGUAAAGGUCCCAAACCUGAAGGAGAUGCUACAGAUGACCCGAGCAUGAUGGGUCGCCUGGGCAAAGUAGAAAAACAGGUCCUCUGUAUGGACAGGAAACUUGACUUCCUAGUCAAUGUGUACGUGCAGCGUAUGGGCAUCCCUCAAUCAGAAACAGAGGCCUUUUUUAACUCCAAAGAGCCGUAUCCAGCCCCGCCUUACCACAGCCCAGAAGAGAGCAAGGUGGAGAAGGAGGAUAAAGAGGAGGUGAAGCAGGAAAAAGAGGUGAAGACCUGCUCACCUGCAGAUGUCCCAUGCUCUGAUGGAUCUUUGGAGAAGAGAGAUCCUUUGCUGGGUCGGUCCGUGGUGAUAUCGGUGGGUACUCCUUCUGGCAGCCACAGCCGACCCUCUACCUCCUGGCAGCACCAGCUGCAGCACCCUCUGAGCCAGCCUGCCUGGAACAGCAGCGUGGCUAACACUCCCUCACCGGUUGGUGGAGAUCAUUCGCCCACUCUGUUCCGCCUACCACCUCCCCCAGUUCACGACCGAUCCUCCUCUGGUCAGGGCGGCAGCGGCAGAGAUAGCUCCCAGAGCAGGAGGCGCCACAGGAGGCAGAAUUGUCAGCAGGAUGCCACCGCUGUGGAGAGUGACACGUCUCUAUCCAUCCCUUCUGUUGACCACGAAGAGCUGGAGCGCUCCUUCAGUGGCUUCAGCAUCUCACAGGCCAAGGAGGACUUCUUUGGGCCUACUUUCUUUGCAGGCUCAGGAGGGGGAGCUGGAGCGGGGACUGAAGCUGCAGCUGGACAUUCACUCUGUGCCAGGGUCAGACCCUUCAUAGCUGAGGGAGAAUCAGACACAGACUCUGACCUGUACGCUCCCUCCCCUCUGUCCUUCACCGGGGAGGUGUCAGGUGGAGAGAGGGCGUGGCCGGGACUGAAGUAGGUCAGAGAGAGUUGCUCUGGGUAGGGGAGAGCCUUGCACUGGGGAGCCUGGUUCCUCAGUCCAGGAAGGACCUGUCACAAGACCUCGUAGCCAACUGACUGACUGUUUUUGCUUACAGUGGUUUAAUGGACCAUUUAAGGUUAAAUGGAUGGUUACACUCAGCUGUUUAUAACUGAAGAUGGUACAAACAUGUCCUUAAAAACAAAGGGGUUGUCCUUUAUCACCUGUUUUGUUUGUGGUGUAACACUUCACAGGAGAUGCUUUUUAUGCUUUUUAUUUGCACUUUAUCCAUCUUGAUCUUAAUUUAAUAGAAAGAUAGCUUUUUGGGGGAUUCCUUGAAUUAUUUAGAAACAUGUUUGGGGAAAUCUAUCAAGAAAGGUACGCAAGAGUGUGUAGGCUUUAACUAUGACACUUAAAUUAACAUUUUACUUACUUGACAUCAAUUUUUACAAGAGAAGAUCACUUAAUUGCAUUUUACACGUCUUCUUUUCAAGAUCACUUUGAGUUUGAAAAUAUAGAUGGGGUUAUAGCGAUGCCAAAUUGUCAAAGUCUUGUCACAUGGAUAGCAUAGUGUCUUGUUAACCUCUUUACCUUUGAAUGACUCAAGGUUUUAUGAUGCCAAAACAGUAGCUUUGAUAACCAAUUAGAUUCUUGCUGAAUAAAAAAGACAUGCUCGCUUUCCAGCAUCAAUGAAUUAGCUUUCUGUUCACUGAAUACUACAGGAGAACUCCCCUCAAAGUUUUGCAAAUACCUACAAGUCAAUAAACCAGUGGCCCUGCAGCAUGCAUGGCAUGUUGAAUUGUUGAUUUGAGGAGUUUGGAAUGAGUUUGGAUGCAGGCUACAAAACCAGAAAACUGCAACUAGUCAGCAGAUAAAUCCCACAAGUGUUUUCCUUCUAUACAGAUAUACAGGGCGUUGAAUAAAACAUGAAAAUGUGCAUGCAUGGAUGGUUUCAAGCCACAAUAUGUUUAUUUAUUUACGGGGCUUUGCUUGAAUUCCAAUCAUGUUAAUGCAGCUGAAGCUUGCUCAAUAUUAGCUCUUUUUGUUUUGUCCACGAAUUAUGUACACUUUUCAAUGCAAAGGGAAACUGUUGGUGCCACAUCGGAAGACAAGAUGGACUCUCAUUUCUGGUACUGUAAUCACAAAACAUCAAAUGUUGAGGUUGGAUUGGGUAAAUCUUCUAACACUUGUUAAUCAGAACUGAUGGUAUUUGGCCUGCAAUGCAUAGUUCAGUCAUUCAGACUCCCUGCUGCUGUGUCAGUCGUGCACUACACAAAGAAAUGCAAUAAAAUGCAAAUGAGGCAAUCAAGACUUUCCUUUAGAAACGUUAAAUGGCCUUGAUUUUUCCACACCAAUUCUUUUUUAGUGAAAAAAACAACAUAGAAAUGUCUCAUAAAUGUAGAGCAAGAACCUUUUCACGUGUUGUGUAGGCUGUUCUGUGGCCUUAGGGCAGCCUGGGUUACAAAUUUAGCCACAGGUUAUACUAAAAGCAUGGGAUUCAUAGGGGCAUCUGGAGCAUGAACAGUUGUUGUUGAAACUAACCCUGAGUCAUAGAAAAACAACUACAACCUUUUAACAAAGUUGAUGAAUGCAAAUCAUCAAUUAAUAGACUGUUCUCAAAAGAAACAUGAGUCAUAUUUUCAUAAAAAAAUGAACAAACCUGCUGGCAUGUUUUCUACAACCUGGGGAGAGGACCCGUAAGGUUUUACAUGACACAGUAGCUCUUAGUUCAACACCAUCAUGUAACUGCACCUUCUUCUUCUACAAUAAUAAAACUUUGUACAUCACUGAAAAAGAAA